UUUUAUGAUUAAUAUAAAAACGGCAGAGUUUGCUGAUAUAAAACCGAAGGAAACGACAUAACGAAAACAAAACGGAGCACCCGAAGAGGAUAACACCCAAACUUUUCUGGGCUACAAACUACAAAGUCAUCACCCUUUCUGUCUGCUUUAUUUUUUAAUCUCCCUAAUUUUCAAUCUCAUAAACAAAAGAGAGAAAAACAAGUUUUUAUUUUCUCUCACACCAAACACACCCUUCUUAUCUGACAAAACCGCCUAUCCAUACUGCGAAAACUUUCCCUCAAAGUUUUGUCACUUUACCACCAAAAGUUUCCUCCAAAGCUUUCGAUUCUUUCACCGAUCAUGCUUCAAAGCUUGGUCCCUCGUUCGCCUAUUACUCCAAACCCUAACUCCAUGAAGACCAAGCGUGACCGCCACGACGCCACCGCUGAUUCCCCCACUGACGAGGAGCCUUCCUUCAAGCGCGCUAACUUCUCCGGUGAGAAGUCAUCGGCGCAGGCCGUGGGAGAAGCUGAGGGACACCACGAAGAACAGCAGCAACAGGUGCUGGAAGUGGCGGAGGCCAGAGGAGGAGAAUCAACCGGCCUUAAGCUCCUCGGUUUGCUGCUCCAAUGCGCAGAGUGCGUCGCCAUGGACAACCUUGACUUCGCGAACGACCUCCUCCCGGAGAUCGCGGAGCUCUCGUCGCCAUUCGGAACCUCGCCGGAGCGCGUCGGCGCGUACUUCGCACAGGCUCUGCAGGCUCGCGUGGUGAGCUCAUGCCUCGGAGCGUACUCACCUCUCACCGCGAAAUCGGUAACCCUAACUCAGUCGCAGCGAAUCUUCAACGCGUUCCAGUCCUACAACUCAGUGUCGCCGCUCGUCAAGUUCUCUCACUUCACCGCAAACCAAGCGAUCUUCCAAGCUCUCGACGGCGAGGAUCGCGUCCACAUCAUCGACCUCGACAUCAUGCAAGGUCUUCAAUGGCCAGGACUCUUCCACAUCCUUGCCUCGCGAUCCAGGAAGAUCCGCUCCAUGCGGAUCACCGGAUUUGGUUCCUCGUCGGAGCUUCUAGAAUCCACCGGAAGACGCCUCGCCGAUUUCGCUAGCUCGCUCGGUUUGCCGUUCGAGUUUCAUCCGGUGGAAGGAAAAAUCGGAAGCAUCACGGACCUGAGUCAACUCGGCGUUCGACCAAAUGAAGCGAUCGUAGUUCACUGGAUGCACCAUUGCUUAUACGACAUAACAGGGAGCGAUUUAGGGACGUUGAGAUUGCUGAGUCAGCUGAGGCCGAAGCUGAUCACGACGGUGGAGCAGGAUCUGAGCCACGCCGGGAGCUUCCUCGCGAGGUUCGUGGAGGCUUUGCAUUAUUACAGCGCGUUGUUCGACGCGCUGGGAGACGGUUUGGGUGCGGACAGUUUGGAGAGGCACACGGUAGAGCAGCAGCUUCUAGGGUGCGAGAUCAGGAACAUCGUGGCCGUUGGAGGUCCCAAGAGGACCGGCGAGGUUAAAGUGGAGCGCUGGGGAGAGGAGUUGAGACGGGUCGGUUUUCGACCCGUUUCGCUUCGGGGAAACCCGGCCUCGCAGGCUAGUUUGCUCCUUGGGAUGUUCCCUUGGAGAGGGUAUACCCUCGUUGAGGAAAACGGUUCUCUCAAGCUUGGUUGGAAGGAUCUUUCUUUGUUGACCGCUUCUGCUUGGCAACCGUCGGAUUUGGUUACUUAUCCUGAUUGACAUUGAGAGAAUCCCCCGCAGCCGCAUGAUUUGUUUUUCUCUUUGUUCCUUGUUUGCUUUGUUUUGGCCCGUUGGGGAGCACGCAACCGUCACGGUUGGAAUUGGAAAGUGGUUUGAUUUCAUCUCGUAGCUCUGCUGCGAGUUGCAGACCAUAAACGGGACACGGGUUUGGCGCAGAGAGAGAGAGAGAGAGAGAAUCUUUAUUAAAUUAUUAAUUAUUAAGUGAAAUUACUAAAAUUGAGAAAUCAUUGCAACCAUGGUCCAUGGUUAUCUUCAUUGAUUUUUUUAUUAAUUAAUUUCAAUUUUAUUAAUUGUUUAAUGUAAUUGACUCUCUUCAGGAGAAGAACGAUGUUUAGGGGUGGAGUAGAGUAGUACUGUAGUAGAAGGAACAAGGAAGAUGGGUCCUAGGUGUAUAAUAUAAUAAGUAUAUAAUAAUAAAUUAAUGAUGA